CCCGCGACCGCCGAUAGUGGCGUACGUGCUGCGCGGCCACACGCUCGCCACCGUCGCCACCGACGCCAUCGCACACCACCAUCGUCAACGUCAACGUAAGUAUGGGCGAAGACAGUCGGUACACGUGGGCCGAGGUGGCCACUCACAACGGCAAAAAUAGCUCGUCCAUCUGGAUCGUGUACAAGGACUCAAUUUUUGACGUCACUAAUUACAUCCACGAGCAUCCCGAUGGGCCAGAUUCAAUACUGGACGUAGCCGGCAAGGAUGCCACCAAGGAUUUUGACUCCGCCGGCCACUCGGGAGACGCACGACAGAUCUUGGCCAAGUUGAAGAUAGGUGAAAUUGUUGAGGAAGAGAAGAAGUACGAUGCCAACGGUAAGAAGAAGAAAAAGGUAGUGCAAGUACCACCGGAGAAGGAAAGACGGAGUUGCUGCAACAUUAUCACCUGCGGCCUGAUAGGGUGAUGUGGACACUCAUCAGUAUUAAAUCCGAAGUCACCAGGACCAUUCCUCCUUUUGUUCUAUUGUGUUCUCACUCCCUGAUAAAUUAUAUCUACCCUGUUAUGUAGAGUGUAAGCAAUAAAUCGCCAAAAUGAACCUCCCUUCCCUUCAACCCCUGUAUGGGUUGGGAAGGGAGUCACAAAAUUCGCAUUUAACAAGUCAUUUUACAAUGCGACUCAUGUGAAUGAGCUACUGUUGCUUACAAGUCCUGACUGAUUUAGCUUUUAAACAGAAGCAGGUCAUCGGCACCGCAUUGUAAUUUUUAUUAUCAAACAGAGGGACCUCUGCCUGUAUAUUCUAUAUUUAUUUUUUUAUAUAUAACUAGUGGCCCGGCCGUGUAUCGCUCGGGUGGACAUUUUUAACAUUUCCCUUCACUGCUCUGCUCCUAUUGAUUGUAGCGUGAUGAAAAGUAUACUAUAACCUGCCCAGGUGUAUGAAGAAUAAUUGUACUAAGUUUCGUUAAAAUCCGUCAAGUAGUUUUUGUUUCUAUAACAAAGAUACAGACAGACAGACAAAAUUUUACUGAUUGCAUUUUUUGGCAUCAGUAUCGAUCACUAAUCACCGCCUGAUAGUUAUUUUGGAAAUAUAUUUCAUGUACAGAAUUGAACUCUCUACAGAUUUAUUAUAAGUAUAGAUAGAUAGAUAUGUAUAUAUGGUGGCUAUAGCCUAGCCAAUAAAAAUAAACUAUGUACGAUUUUUGAUUCUAUACAUUACGAGUAUAUUAAUCCAAUGUGUAGGGUCGAAUCGAGACUGUUUUUUUUUACAACACAGGGGGCAAACGAGCAUGUGGCUCACCUGAUGGUAAGUGACUACCGCCGCCCAUGGUCACCCACAACACUUACGGCAUUGCAGGUGUGCUGCCGGCCUUUUAAAAAGGAAUAUGCUCUUUUCUUGAAGGUUAUGUGGUCGUAUCGGUUCGGAAAUACUGCUGCUGGAAGUUGAUUCCAAAGAGUGGUUGUGCGUGGGAGAAAGUGCCUUGAAAAACACACGUUUUACCAGUGAAGUAAAAAUUUUGUCAAGAAAAAAAAAAUAGAAUAGAAUAGAAUGAAUAUUUAUCGUUAGCUGUACAUUAUAAUUUUUCGUAAGAUGUUAUUAACGUCUUUUAGGAAAAUACAACCUACCCAUACAUGGGUCAUACAAUACAAUAGAUUGAUAAACGACAUCUUAGACAUAUAUUCAGCUGUUAAGUUGGUGUAGGAGACUCAAAUUUUUUUGUUUUGGUUUUUGUAUUUCCGUGUUACAAUAUUUCCUAAUAUAUUCCACAGCGUACGUAGAUUCUUAGUUUUCGCGUAAUUAUAUUUAUGUGUGAGCUAAUAAGGAAAACGGAGACCUUUUAGUCUGUCGCCUUUAUCAUGUUAAUCUCGAGUAUCGAUGGAGCAAAUAGAAGGAAAUGUCCUUGUUACAUCGCACUUUCCUUUAUAAAAACAACUGUAUGUGGGCUUUAAUAGAGUCCAUAAUAUGUUUUUCUCUAAUGAUACUGGGCAAAAAUUAGUAAAGAAUCUUACCAUACUGAAUACAGUCGUAUAAAAAUGAAUUAUUUAUUAGAUUUUGCUGCAUAAAUAAAACCCAGACUCCAAUCGAGGCUAUAUUGAUUUUAUUAUUUUUUGCAUUUGAGGUCGUCACUCCAUUUAGUAGGGGAGGGGGCUUCUACACUGCGUUCGCCUGUACAGGGUCGUCACUCUAGAACCUUUCUUCCCCAUCGGUUGGCGGUUCUUCGAGCUUUGUGAGCAGCCCAUUGCCACUUCAGCUUGCUUAUCUUUCGGGUUAUGUAGGUCACUUUGGUUCUUUUGCGGAUAUCCUCGUUUUGGAUUCUAUCACUCAAAGAGAGGGAAUGUGUAUGUAUAUCAAUAAUUAGUAGUACCUCAUUCGAGUAUUCUGACACUUCCCUAUGGUUGACUGGGAGAGAAUGCUUUUAGCAUUAAGUCCGCCAUGUACACAUAUCAUUAGUAUAUAUAUAUAUAUAUAUACUAAUGAAUAAAUAAAUAGAUUCAUCAUAAGCCUGUGAAAUCUACCGUGAAUCCAUCGCCAUACAACAAAAAUAUAGGUACAUCUUUUCAAUCGAAAAAGAAUGAGGUUCACAAUUGAACUAAAUUCGGUUAUAUUUUUUUUAUGUUUACUACCUCAUAACUUCGUCGGUUAUAUAACAGAUUUGGAACUUUUUUAACUGAAAUCAUUAGUCCCAUAAAUUUUUUAUCAAUGUCUGUUCAGUGGUCUAGAUUUGAAAUAACUUUUGUUUUAUCACAAUUACAUUUCUUUUUUUUUUAUGAACACAUAUGAACACAAAUGUUACAACUAGAGUACUAAUUCUAGUACAGCUGGAUCCAUCCAGUAGAUGACAUAUCGGUUCAAACUAAUUUUUACUUUGUCAUAUUGUAUAAACAGAACUCAUUUACCUAUUAAUUUAUUAAAUAAUCUACGCUAAGAUAUUUAUUUUAGUUUUAUAAUAAAACUGUGCGUUAUUAUAGAUAAUAACAGAAUGUUUGUGUCUAUAAUUUUUUUAAGUGUAAUAAAUAUUUAAUAAU